AUGCCAAACCGGAAGAAGUGGAAACGCGCGGGGUGGUGUAGUUGGGGUAGCGUAGUUGGGGUGGCAGUUCUGUUGUUGCUGAUGCUGUGCACCGUGUGGGGGGAUGCCCUCCAAGUGGGGAAGCGCCAAGUGCAGGCAAAACGCGGACUAACAGGCAGACGCACUGUAUGGGGCAAACACAACACAGGAAUUGUUUGCACCAACUGUGAGACAAAGCGACCAGGGUGUUUUCUGCGCCCCCCGGUAAGGUCAGGAAAAAGGGAAAAACUCUCCCCCCAAAAAAAUGUCCUGAAUUCAUUCGAAAGGAGUGUGGACAAAGUCACGGGAAAUUUUCUUCACGACAGAGACCUCUUCAUAGAGGUAGAUAAAAAGCAAAAAAUGAUCGAGGAAAUUGAAAAAAUGAAUCAACUCCAGUAUGAGCACAUCCAGAAAUACAUUCAACCCUUAAGCCAAAACGACGUAUACGAAGAAAUUAUAAACCACAAAAUCCAUCUGUACAAGAAGGAGAACGAAACAGAGAAGCUGAAAAAGUUGAUAAAGGUUCAGGAGUUUUUGAACCCAUAUAUUAUAAGCCAAAGAAAGAAGAAGGCAAAGGAGAAGGUUGAAUAUAUGAUUGCUUGUAUCCUCAAGGGGGAAAAUAUCGACCAGAUCAUUACCGAAAUGUUUAGGAAGAGGCUCAUUGACGUUUAUGUGCUUACGUUUAUCGAUGACAAGGUGAUGGAGGCGCACACCAAGUUGGUGCGCACCGCCGUUGAUCAGGUUGACCAGAUUCAGCAGGUUGACCAAGCUGACCAGGUUGACCGAGUUCACGGGGUGAAGAGGUUGGACGGAGUUAACCACCAUCCCCAUGAAGAGAGCAAACAUGGGGAACUUGGUGGAACGGACCAAAUGAGCAUUACGGAGAAAAUCCUAAGGAUGCUCAAGGACCGUAUCGUGGCACAACAGAAGCUUCAGGUCAAGGGCACAUUUGAUUUCACUCGGAUAGUUUUCCUCUCGACUACCCUAGAUAUCAGUGAAGAUAGGCAGUCCAUAAUCAAGUCUUCCAUUAGGACCAUAGACCAGUUGGAAGAGUUUGAGCUCUACUUGCUAGACGCACUGGACUAUGCAGAGACAAACGAAAAAAUGAAGCAGUACAUCCCGCACCUCGAACUGCUACUAAGCACCUGUAAAAAAAUGAACCCCGUCUUUAAUCAGCUCCUGAACAAACAGACCGAAAACGUUCGCUUCUUCCCAGAUAAGAUUGACAUGUCGCAGUUUAAGGAACUGUAG